UCCUACGCCACAUCCGGGAACUGCAAGAAGCUAACACACGCGUCGACCUCCGACAUGUACAACCAAGACGCGGAGCGGCGGCCCCAGGAAGACUGUCAAGUCGGGGAGGUCGCGGAGCUUCCAAUCACAUUGCCACCAGCCCAACCCACGUCGCGCCCUCGACCAGGGGUCGCGGCGGACGUGGCACUGGCCGUCCGGACGCCGUUCGCGAUCUCCUACGCGCUGCUUCGAUCGCUUUGAGUAGACUGCCCACUGAUGGAGACAACGAUGAGGGUCCAUUCUCGCGCCGGCAUCAAGCUUCCGAGUCACCUCGCGUACGAGCGACUAAUCAUCGGGAAUCGACCAUGUCGACAGAGCGUCAACGACAUGCUUCCCGACGUGGCUCCGCGUUCGUUGAAGCCUGGCGUAGCGGCGUCUCACCCGUUGUAGCUCCUGGUCGGGGGUGCAGCGGGAGAGGCAGUUGGACUCAUCAACCCGGGCGUGGACGUGGAGGAAUUUCGUUCACGUACCGCGGUACGACGCAGCCGCGAGCUUGACGAGCUUGGAGGCCAACUGGACGGUGUCUGCGUAGGCCAUGUUCGCCGUCCGAUCGCGCUGUGCUCAAUGGAUCAGCAUGCUCGACAGCAUCAGUAUGUCCCCGAUUAUGGAACGAUGUCAAUGUCUCGACCUCCUUUCCCAGGCAUAAUCGUUGGGAUCGCAUUCUUGAACAAUGAGUCAGGACUCAUUGAAGUUGACCGGCCGAAUGCCGAUUCCACUCCUUUAUGACGUCUUGUCCUAUGAGGCCCCAUGUAUGUAAUGUGUGCAGUACUACGUUGUAUGUAUGUACAGUACUGUGUUAUGCCUGUGCAGUGGUAGUUCGUGGCGUUGGUGUGUCUUCUCAUCCCGUAGCAGACCGGCUUGACACUUACACCAUACCUUGUCAGUAUACAAUGCCUAAUUGCCCUGCUU